AUGGCUACAGCAGCCUAUCGAAGACCUAUCGAUAGAGACUCAAUGUCGCCUCAAAUGUCUCCCAACGAAGCUCAGCAUCAUGAUGAUAAUAUUAGAACUGUCCAUAGGGACUAUUUGCAAGAUGACAAGCGCAUGUCAAGAAAUCCUCAGGUCUCCCAUGGCCCGUCGCAUCCUUAUCGCAGCAAUUCUACUGCAACACAGAGAAGACAGGUUUCCAGUUCAUUUUCUGCACGAGCUCAGAACCGCCCAGAGGGUAAUAUAAUCCCACCGGAAGAUUAUCUCACAUCCACCCCUCCUUCCAUUGAUGGAAAUGGAGCACCUAUGAGGCGUCCGACCAACCCAGAAGCUGCUGCCUCGGGAUCAGCGAGGCAGAUGGAGGACGCCAAAGCGACGUCGCCGGUAGACUCUGUCAACCAAAUAUCGCCGCUGAGUCGAUCUAGCACGUUACGGUCUUCAACGAAUAAGCAGCAUGAGUUCGCCCCAGAUAGGUCCCCUCUUCAGAAGCUCGAAGUUACAUUGAGUGGGAUUAGCAAAGAGGAAAAAAGGGCGCGCGUCUUGGAAGCCGAGAUGAAGCUCAAAGAAAGGUUGGCACGUCAACAGAUGGAAGCAGAGAAUCGGAAUGCCUCUCUCACGCAGCCUGCAGACAGCAACUCAACCGCAGGCACAAUUGGAAGUAGGAUGCCUCAGCAAUUGGCCUCACAGCGAGAUGCCAGCCAAGGAGAGCAGGAGAACCGAAGCCAGAAGACCAAACAGAGCAUUGGCCAGAACACUGUUCACCGGGGGCACGAAGCGACGAUUCCCCGUGAGCAGGGAGUUCCAGGACAGGCAAAGUCUAGCGCCCAAAAGCCAGGACCACCAGCCCUGUCGGUCGCUCCUGAGAUGCAAGCCUCGAAGAUUAGCAAUUCAAAGCCCUUAGCGGGGCCAAUUUUGAAUCACGGUAGCGUCCCCAGGCGAUCCGUGUCGGUGACAAACGGACCCGGAGGUCAUGCCCUGAACACCACGAGAUAUCCUAACACGUCUCGAGAUGGGAGAGAUUUCUCUGCGGUACCUGGGCCAUCACAGAAAGAUCAUGCAAUGCCAAGUGUGGCACAGAUGGCACACCCGCAACCCUAUACUGGUGCUCGGGUCCAACAGAGUCGACCGCCGCAGAGGGGGCUUGGAGGAAAUCGCCCUUAUGCACAAGGCAUAGCUUCCCAGCAACCAGAACACCUAAUCGCAAAUACACAUAACGCUGUACUGAACGAUCUUUCCCAGGACGAAUCAGGUCCCCACACAAAGCCCAAGAGAAACACUGUUUCGUUCAAUGUGCCACCGCCAACGCCUCCUCCACUUUCGGAAUGGAAGAACGCACCGGUUGCUCGACUGGGUGCCUCGGACUUCGACUUCCAACUUCUCGACGUUGAUCGAAGCAAAGCUUGGUGGGAAGGUGGCGGCAGUAAUCGCAGGAAGAGCAGAGCUCUCCCGAGCGCUUAUCAGAAACCUGCUCAGAAGCUGACGGGACUGAAACGAGUCAGUAUUGACGGACCAAAUGGCCCUUUCGACAAGGAGACUUGGAGAGGUAGUAUUAUGAUUGUUACCAAAGAUUCACGCUCUUCCUAUGAGUGUCCGCCCACCCUGAGAUUAUUUUCGCAGCCGAUGGAUCUCCUGCCGCCUCCACCUGUCGAAGUCAGUGGCGCUCAGCUUGCACCGGAGUACGUCGAUCCCACAGCAGGUCUCAUGAAGCUGGGUAGGGACGGGAGGCCGCUUUAUGUCAAGCCGAUCGACCAUACCGAGGAAGGAGUGGACUUGUCAUUCGUGGAGAAUGACGAUGGAGUCUACGAGAUGUCCCCCAGUAACCUAGACUAUAGCAGGGACGGCGUCAAGCAGUCGAUCCCCGCCAACAGGCUUCACUCAGUGGACGGAGAAACAGUAGGAGCAUACAAAGAAAUUCCCGGAGCGCGCUUGUACGCCGACUCGGCUCGAGAUGUGACAUUCUGGAGGUUCAACAUUGAAAUAGAACUAGGCGAGACGCAACAACGAAUCGCAUACCGCUUGAACCACGGACCGGCCCUGGGAUUCUGGGUACCGGCCAGAGGGCAGUCUAUGAACAUUAUGUUCUAUAGCUGCAAUGGUUUCAGCCUAGGAGUUGAUUCCAACAAAUUUUGCGGUCCUGACCCUCUCUGGCGCGACGUAUUGAAUGAGCAUCAGACUCGCCCUUUCCACGUCAUGAUUGGGGGCGGUGACCAGAUCUUUAACGACAAAGUCAUGGUGGAAUCGCCCCGAUUCCAAGAAUGGAUCAAGAUAAAGAACCUGACUGACAAGUACGACAUGCCAUUUGACCCAGAAUUCCGAGCUGAGAUAGAGAGCUUCUACCUCGAGAACUACUCAGCUUGGUUCUCACAGGGCCUUUUCUCUCUGGCCAAUUCCCAAAUCCCAACGGUUAACAUCUGGAACGAUCACGACAUCAUUGAAGGUUUCGGGUCGUAUCCGGACGAGUUCAUGGCUACACCAGUGAUUUCGGGACUGGGUAGAAUAGCGUUCAAGUACUAUCUGCUCUUCCAGCAUCACAGCUUGACUGAAGAGACAGAAGCAGAUGAGCCUAGCUGGCUGCUUGGUGCGCAGCUGGGACCCUAUAUCAACCAGCGAAGUCGAAACGUGUUCAUGUCUAUGGGCAAGGAAGUAGCUUUUCUGGGGUUGGAUUGCAGGACGGAGCGACUGAGUGACGAGAUACUCAGCGAGCAGACGUGUGAUUUGAUCUGGGACCGAUGCCACCGGGAGAUUGUGCGUGGAGAAACCAAGCAUCUGAUAGUGCUCUCGAGCGUUCCCGUAGCAUAUCCAAGAAUGGCAAUGCUCAAAAACAUUCUCAAUAGUCGCAAAUCGCUGGGGAAGGCCGGGUUUCUCGGAGGCUUCGUAAACAAGAACGGCAGCAAGGUAGAGAUAUUCGACGAUCACUGGACGGCUAAACACCACAAAGCCGAACGCACCUAUCUGCUUGAGGACCUCCAAGACCUUGCAGCAGAAAAGUCCGUUCGGGUGACUAUCUUGAGCGGCGAUGUCCAUCUGGCAGCCAUUGGACAAUUCUACUCCAAUCCCAAACUAAACCUGCCCAAAGACAAGGAUUACCGAUACAUGCCGAAUGUCAUAUCGUCUGCGAUUGCAGACAUGCCAGAAACCGAAAUGGUAUCGGACAUGCUGAAUAAGCGCAACCACGUUCACCACUUGGACACGAACACAGAUGAAGACAUGAUCCCCAUCUUCACGCACGACGUCAACAACAAGUCGCGUAACAACAAGCGCUUGCUUCCGCGCCGAAAUUGGUGCGCAAUCCGAGAGUAUCAACCCGGCUCCACACCUCCAGGUUCGCCGGAAUCCGAAGAGGCCCCUCCACCGGCUGAGGAGCCGCGUCCGGGUAUACUGCAGAGAACUCUGUCCUUAGGGCGAGGUGACAGACCUCAGGGUGGUUUGCUGCGACAGCUCUCGCAGCGUGGACCUCCACCGGCUGAGGAACCGCGUCCGAGUAAACUGCAGAGAACUCUGUCCUUAGGGCGAGGUGACAGACCUCAGGGCGGUUUGCUGCGACGGCUCUCGCAGCGUGGACCUCCACCGACAAAAGAAUUUAACCUUGGAAAUGCACCUGGUCGCAGUACGAGUAUGGACGGACCAUUUCCUCCAGCAGAGGCCGAAGGCGGCUAUUUCCCUGCUCCUGCACCAGAAUUUCGCCCGGGUCCCUUCCACCGCCGCCCUACGAGUUUGAGCCAGAAGGCAGCCAAGAAAGCUGCAAAAAGGGGCGACGACGGUGUAGGCGCAUAUGUCAAUCUCGAAAAGGGUCUAGCUAUCACGCUCAACCUGGAGCUCAACCCACAAGAUCCAUCAGGUAUCACGACGCCGUACAAGCUUCUUGUGCCCAUGCUGCGUUAUGAAGGCACUGAAUACGAUCCCCCAGCAAACCCAGUUGCCAAAGGUUGGAAGAAAUGGUUGGCUGUAGGGCGUAAGAAAGAGCGUGACUUCGCCAAGGAUGUCCCUGGUGAUGUGGAGGAUACUGAUUACGACGAUGACCCUGACUAUGAAGAAGGCUAUGCGGGAAGUGAUCUCGAUGAGCCUGGUGAGAGGCUGCCGGAGAAAAUGGGCCACAUGGGGCAUGCACCAGCCCAUGCACCAGUACCAGGGUCCGUCAAUGAUUGGCCGGAGGAGACUAUGAAGCGGAAGAAGAAGUGGUUUGGACGAUUGGUAUGA